UUGAAAUAUUCGUCACAGAGAAAAAAAAGCAAUAUAUAAAGCCUAGGCUUUUUGGUAGCAUUAGUAUUGAGUUGGUGAUACAAAACGGUCAACAUGAAAUUUCUAAUCGUUCUCGGUUUUUGCUUGGCCGUGGCCUUGGCUUUACCUGCACCAGACCAGCCGGAUGAUCAGGAACAAGAACAGCUAGCCCGAAGAAAAUUAAACAGUGUCCGCUUACAACUAGUCGACAAUGAUAAAAAACAUACAACCCAACUCGGCCACUCAAACCCUAAUGCUGCCCAGAGAUCUUACUAUGGACAAUCCUAUGACUUAGGCAGCCUCAGCUUCAGAUACUACUCGCCCUAUUAUUACGGCACCUACAGACCGCCAUAUUAUGACACUGGUGACUACUACAACAAGUAUUAUGACAACAACCGCUAUUACAAGGGCUAUGGCACAUAUGGUGGUGACAAGGGAACAUACAGAGCGCCGACUUAUGGAACCGGCUAUGGAACCGGAUAUGAUGGUGAAGGAUAUACGAAUACUUAUUACAAACAGGGGUACGCACACCAACCCUACUUGAGAGAACUAGAUGACGAAGACGACAACCAACGUUAAGCUAUCAACGUCCUGACUACCACCCAUCAACAGACCGCGCGUUCAAUAUAUCUGUAUUUUCUCUAAAAUAAAUAGUAAAACUGCAGCUUA